AUGCUCAUCAUUGGCGCACGUGGAACGGGCAAAACCGCUAUCAUAAAUUCCAUUCUCGCCGAUCAGCAUGUACAGAACCCAGAUCUGUUCCAUGUGGUAAGGCUCAAUGGCUUCAUCCACACAGACGACAAGAUUGCCCUCCGAGAUAUCUGGCGCCAGCUAGGGAAGGAAAUGGACAUGGAAGAUGAGUUCGUUACGCAGAAUGCAGCAGACACGCUUACCACUCUCCUGGCUUUGCUCUCGCACCCAGAAGAGUUGGGCAGAUCUGCCGAUCAAAUCAACAGAUCCAUUAUAUUCAUACUCGAGGAGUUUGAUCUUUUCACCACGCAUCCACGCCAGACACUGCUUUACAAUCUCUUCGACAUCGCUCAAAGUCGCAAAGCUCCCAUCGCAGUCUUGGGCACCACGACGCGCUUUGAUGUAGUCGAGCAGCUGGAGAAGAGAGUCAAGAGUAGGUUUUCUCACAGAUAUGUGCAUCUAUCUGCCCCGAGGCAUCUUUCGGCAUACAGAGAGGUCUGUCAAAACGCGCUCACCCCUUUCUCCGCAGACGGCAUUUCCGAAGACGGCAGGAAGGUCUGGGGAGAAUUGCUCAACGACCUCUUCUCUCUCGACACAUUCAACACUCAUCUACGGAAUUUGUACUAUCUUUCUAAGAGCGUGAGGGCGUUUCACACGAGCAUGCUGUUGGCCGUCUCUACAUUACCCACAUCUGCCUCUUCGACUUCUACAGAGAAUCUUCUACAUCACCUCACCGACACAAACACCCUUACGCAAUUGCAACCUCCAGACUCAAAACUGGCUGCCCUAGCAUCACUGUCCGUCCUCCAACUCGCCCUCCUCAUCGCCGCAGCCAGACUCACCAUCAUUCACGACACGGACACCGUCACUUUCGCUCUUGCACACGCCGAAUAUGUGUCUCUGGCAUCCAAAGCGAAGAUCAAUGCUUCGGCAUCUGGUCAGAUUGCCGUAGGAGGGGGAGUGGGCAGAGUGUGGAGUAAAGAGGUGGCUAGGAAUGCUUGGGAAGGUCUGGAAAGGAGAAAGUUAGUGUUGGGAGAAGGCAGGGUGGGGGCGUAUAGGGUAGAUGUUAGACUUGAAGAGAUAGGGGAGGCUGAAGGUGUUGAAAUAGGUGGAUUGAUGGUCAGGUGGUGUAAGGAAAUUUGA